AUGUCGUCCGAGUCAUGGCCUCCACCACUUAAAGAAUGGGUAGCACGAUGUCUGGGGCAAAUGACAGAUGCUAAUAGGGCAGAGGCUCAGGCUGAGCUGAGAGAGUCAAUUGCUAACGCUUUCGCUGAAAAGACUCUAUGGACAACCGACUGGGCUGGUGUACAAUUAAAAAGGUGCGGUCUGAGUUCGUCGCACGCUGAUCUGAUGCCCAAAGCUCCCCCGGUGCUCAACUCCCUCAAACGCAAAAUGAAUGAUACUCCACCUAUGAGCAAGAAAGCGAAGAAAGCUGCGGCGCAGAAGCGCAAUGAUGCCAACCUCGACUUCGGGGAUCAGGCGGCUCUUAAUCGCCGAGCCGAACGUUUUCAGCGGGAACAUGAUAUAGAGCGACAGAAGAGUAUGCGCGGUCAGGCCUCUCUCCAGGCUAAUAAUCAGAAUGCUCACCUCUUCAACCGGAUAUCGCGUUCCGAUUCGCCAAGCGCCUUUGGUACUAAUGCUGACGAUCCUGAGGCGAUCCCGUUCAACGUGCUAGACUGGGAUAAGUAUACAAUCGUCGGGACGAACCAGGAGUUAUUUAAGGAUUAUCUGCGUCUUACCUCAGAGCCAAAAUCAGAGACAAUUCGCCCGUACUCGGUUCUACAACAGACACUCAUUGAACUCAAGAAACGCUGGAAGGAAAAGGUGUCAUACAACUGGAUAUGUAAUCAGUUCAAGAGCCUGCGGCAAGAUCUCACCGUGCAACGGAUAAAAAAUGAGUUUACAGUACAGGUAUACGAGAUCCACGCACGUAUGGCACUUGAAAGCUCGGACAUGGUAGAAUAUAACCAAUGUCAGGCAACACUUAAGAAUUUAUACGACCUCGGCAUACCAGGCAAACACGAAGAAUUUACUGCCUAUCGCAUUCUCAUGCUCUUGCAUGGACGGAAUAAAAGCGAGCUUAAUCUCUACGUAGGUACGCUGACACCACGACAGAAAAGGGAUCCCGCAGUGCUGCAUGCACUUCGGGUCCAGCGCGCUAUCUCCAUGGGCAACUACCAUGCCUUGUUUGAAAUGUAUUUGAAUGCACCAAACAUGGGGGCGUAUAUUAUGGAUUAUUUCAUUGAUCGGGAGAGGACCAGGGCACUGAUGACUAUGACAAAAGCAUACCGCACAAUAACAGUGUGCUUCAUCCAGAAUGAGCUCGGCUUUGAAACAGUGUCAGACACACUCAAGUUCAUAGAAACACAUGGUUCCGCCUUUUUCACCAACCCGAACGCCCCCGAUCGGGACAAGACGGUUGAGUGUAAAUCUGCCGCACCACAGUUGGCACAGGUUUACGAGGACAAAUACCGCAAAGUUGGGAUCAAGGGUGCAAUAUAG